AUGCCGCCCCAAAGAUACAACAGGCGCAAGAGCAAUUCAUCGACGCCACUACCACGGCCACCUUUCCCAGAAAUGGAUAAUGUAGUGUUCCAAGGUGCAGUGACCGCUGUUGUAUCCCAAAUCAGCAGUAGUAGCAACAGAUGUGGAAAUGGAACAAACAGUUCCAAUCAAAGUGAAAACCAAGGGCACCUAAGGGAAUGUACCUAUAAAGACUUUGUGAACUACAAGCCCAAGCCCUUAAAUGGAAUUGGUGGCGUCAUUGCUCUGAUGCGAUGGUUCGAAAAGACGAAAUCAAUAUUUGAAAUUUGUUCCUACGCAGAAGAGAGCAAAGGGAAUAACGGAUGGCUGGAAGAAUCCGAGGAUGAACCUGAAGAGGACCCCGAGGAGGAGUCUGAAGAGGAACCCGAGGAAGACCCCGGGGAGGAAUCCGAAGGGGAACCUGAGGUGGAAGUCGGAGACGGACCUGCAGAGCCAGUGGUGGACCAAGAGGAGGAGGAAGUUGAAGGAGGUCUCGAGGAGGAACCCAGCGAAGACGAAGAUGGUGAUUCGGACGCAGAGGCCGAAGUUAUCAGCCCCCCUUAUCCGAUUAGGGUACCCGCUUAUCGAGUAGGCCCCACUGGUCCUACACCCCUCUAA